UUCCAAUCCUGUCCAUAUCAUGUGAUUCAGGUGUUCCAAUCCCCUCCAUAUCAUGUGAUUCAGGUGUUCCAAUCCCCUCCAUGGACACAGGUGUAUACAAUCAAGCCCCUAGGCAUGCAGACUGCUUCUACAAACAUUGGUGAAAGAAUGGGUCGCUCUCAGGAGCUCAGUGACUCCAAGCGUGGUCCCGUGAUAGGUGGCCACCUGUGCAAUAAGUCCAUCCGUGACAUUUCCUGGCUACUAAAUAUUCCACGCUCAACUGUUAGUGGGAUUAUAACAAAGUGGAAGCCACUGGGAACAACAGCCACUCAGCCACCAAGUGGUAGGCCACGUCACAUGACAGGGCGGGGUCAGCGCAUGCUGAAGCGCACAGUGCGCAGAAGUCGCCAACUGUCUGCAGAGUCAAUAGCUAAAGACCUCCAAACUUGGUGUGGCCUUCAGAUGAGCCCAACAACAGUGCGUAGAGAGCUUCAUGGAAUGGGUUUCCAUGGCCGAGCAGCUGCAUCC